GUAAAAUUGCAUUUAUACCGACUUAAAAGACUUGUAUACAGUAUAGGUUAUAAGAUAUUUUUUAAAUAGUAAAUAUGGAAAUUACAAUUAAGGAGUCAGAGACAGUAGAGACUGUUAAAGAUGUUGAGGUUCCACAGAAAGUUGAGAUCCAGGAGGAACACGGGAUACAAGAGACAGUCAAAAAUGUUGAGGUUUUACAGGAUAUUGAGAUCAAGGAGGAACAUGGGAUACAAGAGUCUGUUGUGAAAGAUCUUGAAGUUCCAAAGAAUAUGAGCAAAACACAGCUCAAAAAAAUAAAAAAACGGGAAAAAUGGUUGGAACGAAAAGUGGAGAAGAGGAUAAAGGAAAGAGCAAAAGCUAAGGAGAAACGUGCUCUGGCCAAAGAAAAAAAUAUUGACCUGGGUCCAUCUCGAAAGGCACUGAAGAGGAGUACCAUGGCAGACAGUGAUUGUAAACUUUCAGUGACAAUAGAUCUAGCUUUCGAUGACCACAUGAUUGACAAGGAUAUAGCUAAACUAAUUAAACAAAUUCUACGUUGUUACACAUUAAAUAGACGAGCAGCUGCACCUAUGCAAUUUUCUUUAACUAGCUUCAAUGGAAAAUCUCAACAAGAAAUGGCUAAGCACAAUGGCUACGAACAUUGGGAUGUAAAAUUUUAUCCUGAAACCUACCUUAAUGUUUAUCCCAAAGAUAAAAUUGUCUAUUUAACAAGUGAAUCAGAGAACGUCAUCGAAACCCUAGAUCAUGAAUGUGUUUAUGUGAUUGGUGGUCUUGUGGACCAUAACCGAUACAAGGGUUUUUGUCACAGAUUAGCUCAAGAAGCUGGUGUAAGACACGGCCAGUUACCACUUAAUAAGUUUCUACACAUGAAAGCUAGAAAAGUUUUGACUAUUGAUCAUGUAUUUGAAAUACUACUACGUGUGACCGAAGGCAAAAGCUGGCAAGAAGCUUUCCUGCAAGUACUGCCAGAGAGAAAAAAUGCUCAACCGGUAGUAUCAGCCGAUGAAGUAGUUAUUAACAAUUCACAAGACAAAGAUCAAAGUUAACAGAUGAUAAACUUAUAGGAAAGGACGCACUACGAAUAAACUGACUGGUAGAUGACUUUUCAGACGAUAUUUGGAAGAGAAAAAGGAAGUAUCUGAAGGUACUGAUCGAAUGAGUGGAUGUGAAUUUCUUUGACCGAUUGGUUAUUUGGAAAGAAAAAAUAAAGACAGAAUAUGUCUUAUACACAGGUGCUGCUUCAUAUAUUUCAUUGUU